AUGGAUAAUCUACCAUCACUUGUCCUGCAUAAUAUAUGUAGCCUUAUCUGGGAAGACAGUCCUCGAACAAUACACAUAUUGUCUCAAGUGAACAGCACUUGCUACCAUGCAGCUGUGCCCUUCAUAUAUUCCCGAUUGUCCUUGCAACUCACAACUAGCCAGCGACUGCGAAGUACUGUUGACGAAUUGGUGAGCCAUCCACUCCGGCAACAAUACCUCACGUUCGCGCGACGGCUAGACCUAGAAGGGCAGAUAUUCCGCCAACCAAUCGACUCUGACGAGGAAAAGAAGCUACUGGAGCUCGAAGCUAACUACUGGGAUGAAUUCGCAACUCGAAAAACCGAUAUAUGUUCAGCAUCAGAGCUUGAGCCGGCGUAUAAUGAACUUUUCAGAAACGACGGCAGCGAGGAGCUACGGUACUACGAAAGUAAGACUAGUCCAUCAUGGUCACCGCUCGAGACACUGGUGACCAAGUUCCAGCACUUAGUCGAGUUGAAUUAUUCUUGUAUCAACCCUUUCCCUCCAGCAUUACUGCAAGCGCUGCAUCAAUAUCACCCGUUGUGUAAACUGAAUCUGAACUCUUUCAGGUUCCGCAGCUUGAACGAUCCGGAGCUUGAUCCCUAUGAACGAGAUAUAAUCUGCUCCCCAUGCUUACACGGUAUCACUAUCCGGCAUGUCUCAACGAAGGGCGGCAGCCUAGGAGAUUAUAAUGAAGAAGCUGCAAGAGAGAUAGUUAGGCUCGCACCUAACCUACGCCGGAUUAGGUUGGAGCGAUGCACGCACUUCAUAACUGAACAUAGGGAUGUCCGUGAGCCGGGCGAAGGGCAUUGGAACGGCUUUGUCCCUCCGAUACAGCCGGCGAAAGGCAUGCAAAAGGGCAAUCUGACUUGUCUCACGAUAGCAGGAGUAAAGGUCGGCAUGAAUGAAGACAUGCUGGAGAAAUGGAGUAAGGCGACGGAUUUCUCCAACCUGCAAUCCUUAACGAUGAACUAUGUUUUCAGUCCUGGUACCUUCUUCAAGGCGAUGGAAAUAGGAGCAUUCAAAUCGCUCCAGAAGCUAGCCAUCCGCCUUGGAGUGCCAUGCACGACCGAGGACGAGAGACUCCCAACGGGAAUAUUCUUCGAGAGCCUUCCGCCACUGAAGACCCUGCGUCUGUGGGGUGUUAUGAACAUGCCCUUACUCCAGACCGUCCUGAAGCGUCAUGGGCCUUCCCUUCAAGAGCUCAAGGUGCACCCGCGGAAGGUUAUGUUAAAUCUCUUCAACGUUAUCGACUCUAUGUCCCUCACGUCUUCUGAGAUCUCGCAGAUUGGCGAGAGCUGUCCUCUCGUUGAACAACUUGACUUGAUCAUCACUCGUUCAAGAGGGAAUCGCAGUGAAACAGCCUGUUAUGAAGCUUUAGGCAGGUUCCGGUCCUUGAAGCAGGUGUCUAUUUCUCUAUACUACUCCAUGGAGCCUUUAAAAAGACUCGAGGACUUUGACGAACCUUUGGAUGACUACGAUAAAAUGGCAUACAAUCGAGCCUGCGGAAACAGAAGUGACGUCCACGUGCAAGGAUCUGAAGUCGAGCAAGGACCUCAGAUAGACAUUUGCACCGUCCAUGUACGUGACGCUUUUAUCAACGCUGCAGUAGAUGUAAAACUGAGUCGCGACAUUUGGAAUACGAUUAUAUCCUGCCAACCACCCGCCGCCACUCUUCAGAGAUUGAUAGUGCACCCACACAUACUCUGCGUAGACGGAACCUCAUACGCAGUGGCGCAUAAAGUUACACACAUGGCUCAGCGGAUAAGAGUUGACUGGAAGGGCAUUGGCAAUGAACUGGAUAUGACUGAGAUCGGACGAGAGAUACGAGAGCGGAGUGAUGCACAACAGAGAAAGUACGAGGCUGAAAUGUUGGGGAGGUGGGGUCAACUAAAGGGCGCGCGCCUUGUCGACAAGACAAUCAUGAGUAGAAUAUGGCCUGAGCUGUGCGAUAAUCAGGAUUGGCGCGAUACUGGCAACAAGUUGCGGCAGCCACCUUUUGCUCUAUACGACUUUCUAAAAGCCGAGCAUCCAUUUUUGGCCGACAAUGCUUGUUUUCAGAGUGCUCAUUUCAACCACCUAACGCCCCGCACUCUGGACAUCACGGCUGCUCAGACACGAAUGCAAGGUGCAGGUAUGGCUGUCAAAUCACGAUUCGAGGGCCCGCUAUUGCGUAAAUGUUCUAUCUUACUGCGGCAGGCAAGUUUUCUUGCGCUCGAGGAGCCUGUCAGUUUUCCGAGAGGCCAGGCAGAGAAGGACACAACAGAAUGCUCAACUCUAGUGGAGGGGAGUCAUAAAGCGCCCUUUGGCGAAAUUGAGGAACGCGGGGCCGUGGUCACGGCGAAGGAACGAGGGUCACCAGAGACCGUUGAUGCCCUGAUGACAGACGGCUUUCAGAAAUUUCCAGAUGGCUGGGAUGACCUGAUGGAUCAAGGAUCGAUCUACUUCCAGUUCCAAAUUGCAAAGGAGCCCAAAGAAAGACCCAUUUUACGAAAAGGUAACCAGACAUUACCCGAGCAACUGAUUACCGAAGGCGUGGUCGAAGUCUUUCCGAUCACUUAUGAAGACUUUUGCCCUUCUCGGCUGCCGGCAUCUUUCAAUCAAAUUUGA